CUCAACACUCCCAACAUGGUCCAGCAACAACACGUUGUCGUCAUCGGUGGCGGUCCUGCCGGCAUCCAGUUUGCCCAAGCGCUCGCGGCCAAGCUCUCGUCGACCGUCAAGAUCACCGUGAUCGAGAAGCAAAGCUUUACGUUUCACGCUGUCGGGAUUCCCCGCGCCCUUGUUGACAAGGCGUACGUCCCCAAACUCUUUAUCCCGCUCGACAAGGCGCUUCCGCCCAGUGUGACGCUUUUGCGCGGCGCGGCCGAGCGCAUCACCGACCACGAGGUGACCGUACGUGCGAUCGUCGAUGGCGCACUCGCCGAGUCGACGACGACCCUUCGCUUCGACUACCUCGUGUUGGCAACGGGCAGCAGCUACCCGGGUCCGAUCAAAGUGCCAGGCGACGUUGUCAACCGCGCGACCAUCCAAGCCGCGCUGCACGAGAGCAUUGACCGCAUUGCCGCUGCGUCCAGCGUCGUCCUCAUCGGUGGCGGCGCUGUCGGGUGCGAGAUUGCCGGCGAAAUUGCGAGUGCGUACCCGACCAAGACGGUGACGCUUGUCGACGGUAACCGCGAGCUCAUGGCGCACGCCGGUGUCUCGGCCAAGUUUCGCGCGCGGCUCGUCGCGAGCUUGGAAGCGCGUGGUGUCCGCCUCUUGCUCAACGAACGCCUCGCGCAGCGUCCGAGUGCGAGCUCGUUCGAGCGUCAGUCGCUGACCUUUGCGAGUGGCAAGACCCUCACGGCCGACGUGCAGCUGGUGACGUCGGGCAUGACGCCCAACACGCAGCUCAUGGCCGCCUUUCGCCCAUCGCUCGCAACGCCGCAAGGUAUCCGUGUCAAGAGCAAUCUCCAAGUCGACGACUCGUCACUGCAUCAUGUCUAUGUCCUUGGCGACGCGAGCAACCACCCGUCGCCCAAGCUGGCCAUGACUGCAGGCGAGCAAGCAGCGUUUCUCGCCAAGAAGCUGGCCAAGACCAUUCAGAAAGGCACGCCCGUGCCUCCGUUCAAGACAAGUGAGAUCACGGCCAUGCUUGUGCCAACGGGUCCGGGCGGCGGCGUUGGGCAGCUGCCCAUGUUUGGCGGCGUCGUCGUCGGCGACUGGCUCGUGCGCACCACCAAAGGCAAAGAUUACUUUGCGAGCAUGUCGUGGGGCAAGUGGAAGGCGACGUUGGCGCCUUGA